GAUCAUCAUAGACCCACAUUUUCUUUUCCAACUCUUUCAAUUUCGUAAUCACCAAAUUUUCAGUCUUUCUGCUCCAAAUAACAAACUUGAAAGCACCCAAUUCCUAAUCACCAAAAUGGCAGCUUUUUCACACCAACAACACCAGUCUUUUUUUCUUGAUCAAACUGUUCUCUUUCCAAACCCUAACACCACUGCUGCUUGUUUCCCUCAGUUCCACCAACCUCAUAAUCAUGCUGUUCAUGGUUAUCAUCAUGAUCAAGCUUCUGUAGCAAAUAAGUUACAAAGCCCAGCUUCUUCAAUGUCAAUGGUUCUUGAUGAUCAGAAAGUUGAGAGUGGCAAUGAGUUAUUAGCAAAAAAGAGGAAGGACAAACAAAUGCUUGCUCAUCAUGCUCAAUCUAAAGAUACAAGCAACAAAGUGAAGAAGCAAAAGAAAACAAAUGAUUAUCAAGAAGAAAAGAAGAAAAAGAAUACAAAGAAAGGUUCUUCUGAAGAAGAAGGUGCAGUUGGGUACAUUCAUGUUAGAGCAAGAAGAGGCCAAGCUACUGAUAGCCAUAGCCUUGCUGAAAGGGUGAGGAGAGAGAAAAUAAGUGAAAGGAUGAAGCUGUUGCAAGCAAUUGUUCCAGGUUGUGACAAGGUAACUGGAAAGGCCCUCAUGUUGGAUGAAAUUAUUAAUUAUGUCCAGUCAUUGCAAAAUCAAGUCGAGUUUCUUUCCAUGAAGCUGGCUUCUGUCAAUCCCAUGCUAUAUGAUUUUGGAAUGGAUUUAGAUUCAUUCAUGCUUAAACCUGAUGAGAAUAUGAGCAACAUGGUACUGCCAAUCAUGCCAAGUUUACAACAAUGUAGUCUCAAUGAAGGAGUCGCCUCGUUGGCUCCGACGACGACGAACGAUAACUGCAACUACCUGCCACAGCUGAUUGAUAGUUCAGCAGCUACUAAUUCAUUGUUGUUUCAACAAGAACAUAUGCCAAAUAUUCUUUCACAGGGAAAUGAACAUGAAUUGUGGGAUGUGGAUGAACAAAGACUAAAACUUGACAAUCGUUUUGCUCUCAGCAAUAACUUGACAUCUUUUCACUAGUCAUGUGUACGAUAUUAUAGUGCAUGCAUGGAGAUUCAUCCCAUCAUCAUCAGAGAAGCAAAUUAAUUAAACUUCAUGUGAAUAUCACAAAAAAUGUGACAUUUAGUGAUCAUUAUCUAGAAUCAUGGGUUUCGAUACGGGGGUUACGGAUCGACCAGAUUGACCAAGAACACCAAAGAACAAGAAGAACCUGAUGAUUUACGAGCACAUAUUACUACAGUUAAAAAUGUAAUUUUAAUUUUUAAUGUUUGUAGAAGUAGUAACUCCAUAUUUAUUUUGUAUUUUGUAUCAUGAACUAAAUUAAGGCUACAGUUGUUUACUGUUGGUGACA